AUGGCGAACCCUCCCCAUGGCGGUAUCCUGAAGGAUCUCAUUGCGCGAGACCUCCCCAGACAGGCCGAGCUCGCAGCAGAGGCCGAGACCCUCACUGCCAUCACCUUGACCGAGAGACAGCUCUGCGAUCUCGAGCUGAUCCUCAACGGCGGUUUCUCCCCCCUUGAAGGUUUCAUGAACGAGGCUGAUUACAAAGGCGUCGUGAAGGAGAACCGACUUGCCGAUGGCGUCCUCUUCAGCAUGCCCAUUACUCUGGACCUGUCCCAGGAGUCGAUCAAGGAGCUGGGCCUGAAGGCUGGUCAACGUGUGACCCUGCGCGACCUCAGAGAUGACAGGAAUCUGGCCAUCCUGACCAUUGACGACAUCUACAAGCCCGACAAAGUCCUCGAGGCCAGGGAAGUCUUCGGGGCCGACGACGAGGCGCAUCCCGCCGUCAAGUACCUACACAGAACCGCUGGCGACUACUACGUGGGAGGCAAGCUGGAGGCCAUCAACCGCCUGCAGCACUAUGACUUUGUCGAUCUCCGAUACACCCCAGCCGAACUCAGGUUACACUUUGACAAGCUCGGCUGGACCCGAGUUGUUGCCUUCCAGACCAGAAACCCCAUGCACCGCGCCCACCGAGAGUUGACCGUCCGCGCCGCUCGUGGACACCAGGCCAACGUCCUCAUCCACCCGGUCGUGGGCUUGACCAAGCCCGGUGACAUCGACCACUUCACCAGAGUGCGCGUCUACAAGGCGCUGUUGCCAAGAUACCCUAACGGCAUGGCUGUCUUGGGUCUGUUGCCAUUGGCCAUGAGAAUGGGUGGUCCUCGCGAAGCCAUCUGGCACGCUAUCAUCCGUAAGAAUCACGGCGCAACUCACUUCAUUGUUGGUCGUGACCACGCUGGCCCGGGCAAGAACAGCAAGGGUGAUGACUUCUACGGCCCCUACGAUGCCCAGUACGCGGUUGAGAAAUACCGCGACGAGCUGGGCAUUGAAGUCGUUCCUUUCCAGAUGGUUACCUACCUGCCGGACAAGGACGAGUACGCGCCGAUUGACCAGAUCCCCAAGGAUACCCGCACCCUCAACAUCUCGGGCACAGAGCUGCGCUCGAGACUACGGAGCGGUCGGGAAAUCCCCGAGUGGUUCUCGUACCCCGAGGUUGUCAAGGUGCUUCGCGAGUCGCACCCUGCGCGAGCUGCGCAAGGUUUCACCCUCUUCCUCACUGGAUACACGAACAGUGGCAAGGAUCAGAUCGCGCGAGCCCUACAGGUCACAUUGAACCAGCAGGGUGGCCGGUCAGUCUCCAUGCUGCUAGGCGAGACGGUACGGUCGGAGCUGUCUUCGGAGCUCGGCUUCAGCAAGGAGGACCGCAGCAAGAACAUCGCCCGUAUCGCAUUCGUUGCCGGAGAGCUGACCCGCUCCGGAACCGCCGUCAUCGCGGCACCCAUCGCGCCGUUCGAGAAGGACCGAGAGGCCGCCAAGGAGGCCAUCGAGAAGUACGGAGACUUCUUCCUUGUCCACGUCGCCACGCCGCUCGAGUACUGCGAGAAGACGGACAAGCGCGGCAUCUACGCGCGAGCCCGGAAGGGCGAGAUCAAGGGCUUCACCGGUGUCGACGACCCGUACGAGGCCCCCGUCAAGCCCAACCUGGUUGUCGACUGCGAGAAGCAGACGGUGCGCUCAAUCGUCCACCAGAUCGUGCUGAUGCUCGAGGGUACCGGUCUGCUCGACCGCUUGUAA